GAGAGAGAGAGAGAGAGAGAGAGAGAGAGAGAUGCUAAAAGGAGCGGACGCGCUCUUAGCGGGUCAUUCGUGUUGACGAUCUCGCGCACGUUCCUUUAUGAUGUCGCAGGCGUGCGUUCAGCGUUCGGGUUUCUGCGGGAUGCGAGCGUCGCGGAUCCUCGUCCAGUCUCUGGGACGCUCGAUAUGAGGCGGAUUACGGUGAGCACGAAGCGCGUGGCGUCCGGAGUCCCGAUGGAUCCGAGCGGAUUGAGUCUCCACUGAUCCGCGCAGCAGCAGCAGCAGCAGCAGCAGCAGCAUCUCCUCCGCCGGACACGACAUGGAUGAUUCGGGAAUAAUCAGGCGCAGGCGGCUCCAGGAUCUCAGCAGUUGCCGCAGUAACCGGAAGAGUUUGAUUCUGACCACCUCCCCGACUCUGCCCCGCCCACAUUCACCAUUACCGGGGCACAUCGGAAGUAGUCCUCUGGACAGCCCUCGAAACUUCUCGCCCAGCACUCCGGCACAUUUCUCCUUCGCUUUCUCAAGACGGGAUGGGCGUCGAUGGUCGCUGGCGUCUCUUCCGUCUUCUGGUUAUGGAACAAACACUCCCAGCUCAACGUCCUCCAGCUCGUCUCAGGAGCGUCUGCACCAGCUGCCGUCUCAGCCCACCAUGGACGAGCUGCACUUCCUGUCCAAACACUUCGGCAGCACAGAGAGCAUCACAGAUGAUGACGGGGGGCGCUGUUCACCCCACAUAAGACCCCGCUCACGCAGCCUGAGUCCGGGUCGCUCUCACUCCUGCUACGACAAUGAGAUCAUCAUGAUGAAUCAUGUUUACAGGGAGCGUUUCCCUAAGGCCACGGCGCAGAUGGAGGGCAGGUUGUGUGAUUUCAUCCACUCGAAUUGUCCCGAGAGCGUUCUGCCGCUGGCCGACGGAGUCCUGAGCUUCAUUCACCACCAGAUCAUCGAGCUGUCCAGAGACUGCCUGACCAAAUCUAAGGAGGGUCUCAUCACGUCCGUCUACUUCUUUGAGCUGCAGGAGAACCUGGAGAAACUUCUGGACGAUGCUUAUAAGCGGUCAGAGAGUUCAGAGUUGACCUUCGUCACUGAGUUGGUGAAGAAACUCCUCUUCAUCAUCUCUCGACCUGCUCGACUUUUGGAGUGCUUGGAGUUUAACCCUGAAGAGUUCUAUCAUCUGCUGGAGGCGGCUGAAGAUCACGCUAAAGAAGGACACCUGAUGAAGACCGACAUCCCGCGAUACAUCAUCAGUCAGCUGGGUCUGACCAGAGACCCUCUGGAGGAGAUGGUCAGUCGAGAGCAUUACGACAGCGAGGGGCCCGUCACACCGGAGACAGACGACUCCGCAGAGGGAAAAAUGAAACCCAUGAAGCCACCUGGAGAGGCAGAUUUCCAGACUAUCAAACUGAUCAGCAAUGGAGCCUAUGGCGCGGUGUAUCUGGUCCGCCAUCUGGAGACGCGACAGCGCUUCGCUAUGAAGAAAAUCAACAAACAGAACCUGAUUCUGAGGAACCAGGUCCAGCAGGCAUUUGUGGAGCGAGACAUCCUGACCUUCGCUGAGAACCCAUUCGUGGUCAGCAUGUUCUGCUCCUUCGAGACUAGACGACACCUGUGUAUGGUCAUGGAGUACGUGGAGGGAGGCGACUGCGCGACACUGCUGAAGAAUAUUGGUGCGUUGCCUGUGGAAAUGACACGCAUGUACUUUGCUGAAACCGUGCUGGCACUCGAAUACAUCCACAACUAUGGAAUCGUGCACAGAGAUCUCAAACCGGACAAUCUGCUGAUCACGUCAAUGGGUCACAUUAAACUCACUGAUUUCGGUUUGUCUAAAAUGGGUCUCAUGAGUCUCACCACAAACCUGUACGAGGGACACAUCGAGAAGGACACCAGGGAGUUCCUGGAUAAACAGGUUUGCGGCACCCCAGAGUACAUCGCCCCGGAGGUGAUCCUGCGGCAGGGUUACGGCAAGCCAGUGGACUGGUGGGCCAUGGGCAUCAUCCUCUACGAGUUUCUGGUGGGCUGCGUGCCGUUCUUCGGCGACACACCGGAGGAGUUGUUUGGUCAGGUGAUCACAGAUGACAUUGUGUGGCCUGAUGAUGAUGACGCCUUACCCGCUGAUGCACAGCACCUGAUCUCAUCUCUCCUGCAGACCAACCCGCUGCUCAGACUGGGCACAGGUGGAGCGUUCGAGGUGAAGCAGCAUUCGUUCUUCUGUGAUCUGGACUGGAGCAGUUUGCUCCGACAGAAAGCCGAGUUCAUCCCUCAUCUGGAGUCGGAGGAGGACACCAGCUACUUCGACACACGAUCAGAGCGAUAUCAUCACGUUCACUCAUACGAUGAGGACGACACCAAUGACGAUGAGCCAGUGGAGAUUCACCACUUCUCCUCUUGCUCUCCACGCUUCAGCAAGGUGUACAGCAGCAUGGAGCAUCUGUCCCAGCUGGAGCACAAACCUGUGGUGACCCGCCGAGAGCCCAAAGCUCACAGAGACGAUCGCAGUAAGAGAGAAAGUCUAGGCAGCCUCACCCUCCGAGACAAGACCUGGAGAACCGGAUCCCCUGAGAUGAAGCGUUUGUCAUGUUCAGAGUCAUCCUUCACUGAAUCAGACUCCAGUCCUCCCGGCGCACGCCGGCGUUUCUCAGCGCUGAUGGACACGCACCGCUUCGCUUCUCCACUAGAGGGAGACGGUGAUGUGCGCACGCGCAAAACACCCAUCAAAACCAGGGGCUUGUCACUAGAGGGCGCCAGUGUGCCCAUCGGCUCUGGACUCGUGGAGUCCAGCGUUACGGCAUCAGUGGGACAUCCUGGAGAUAAACUCCUGCGGCCUGCCGAUGCCUCCGCUGCCACGGCUCCUCUACUCAUACCAGACUCGUUUGGGCCUCGCGUCGGAAGUGACCUCGUCUUACGAAGAGCGCGACAUCAUCAGAUUCCGACCGACAGUGAGAAACGUACCGCAACUCGCUCAGGAACCAAAGUCAUAAAGUCGGCCUCCACCACGGCCCUCUCUGUCAUCAUACCUGCAGUUGAGCAGCAUGGUACGUCACCACUCGCCAGUCCCAUGUCUCCUCUCUCCAUCUCCUCCAAUCCCUCGUCUCGUGACUCGUCUCCGAGUCGUGACUACUCACCUACAGUCAAUGUCCUGUGCUCACCGAUCACCAUCCAUCGCUCUGGAAAGAAGUAUGGCUUCACCUUGCGUGCCAUCAGAGUCUACAUGGGCGACAGUAACAUCUACAGCGUGCAUCACAUGGUCUGGCAUGUAGAGUCUGGUGGGCCGGCCCAGGAGGCGGGGCUUUGUGCUGGUGACCUCAUCACCCAUGUGAACGGAGAGUCUGUGCAUGGAUUGGUGCACACAGAGGUGGUGGAGCUCAUUCUGAAGAGCGGAAGCAAAGUGACAGUGACAACCACUCCAUUUGAAAACACGUCCAUAAAGAUCGGACCAGCCAGGAAGCUGAGCUACAAAGCCAAGAUGGCCAGACGCAACAAGAAGUCAUCCGCAAAAGAUGUACAAGAGAGUAAGAAGCACAGCUCUCUCUUUCGUAAGAUCACAAAACAGUCCAACCUGCUUCACACCAGUCGUAGUCUGUCCUCUCUGAAUCGCUCGCUGUCGUCUGGAGACAGUCUACCUGGAUCGCCGACACACAACCUGUCACCUCGCUCUCCCACGCAGACGUACCGCUCUCCUCCAGACUCCGUCUUCCUCGGCACGUCGUCUCAGAGCAGUUCUCCAGCACCCAGCACGCCAAACUUGCCUGCAACAUCUCAGCACAUGCGGCCAAGCUCUCUUUAUGGUCUCUCACCCAAACUUCACAGGCAGUACCGUUCUGCUCGCUGCAAAUCUGCCGGGAACAUUCCUCUGUCCCCGCUGGCUCAUACGCCAUCCCCUACUUCGUCUUCCCCGCCACCCAUCGCCGGACACACCGUCGGCAGCUCCAACACCACACAGGCCUUCCCCGCCAAGCUUCACGCCUCUCCUCCAAUCACACGCCCCCGGCCAAAGAGCGCAGAACCACCCCGUUCGCCUCUCCUUCAACGGGUGCAGUCGGCAGAGAAGCUUGGCCCACCCCCUUCACCUUCAUUUCCAUCCUCCUCGUCUUCGGUGGGCUCGGACAGAAAAGGAGGGCUUUGCGUGUCCAUGAGGAAGCAUGGUUUGGAAGUUGUGCAUGCCGAAUACCGCCGGGAGUCAUUCCAUUGUGAACAUGCCCUCCAGAGCCUGAUGGAGAUUGAGGGUGAGAACAUGCCUGGGGCUCUGCCCUCUCCACCCGACCAGACGCCAACACACACGCCCGCCCAGCUCACGAUGAGUCCGGUGAGGCAGCUUGGGAGGCAGGACUCAUUGGCGGGACAAGAGUCCGAGGAGAAAGCAAGGCAGCCCAACUUAAGUGAAGUCGUUUUAAGGACUGCGUCGAAAACCCAACCAGUAGCACCCACCUUGGAUCCUAAAUCAACCCAGACUGGCGAGCCACCUCAGAUGGAGAAAGUGGCCUCCAAGUCUGAGUCUUCUCACAUCUCAGUUGUCUCGACAGGGAAGGAAGCAGCCAGGGAUGUGGGUAAGAGCAGAACUCUUAAUGCAAUCGUCUCUGACCCCAAGAUCCGGGAGCAGAUGCCAGUUGUCCAGAACUCUGGAACACAGGAACUCAAACCCCAUAGCCUUCAAACUGAUGGUCCUAAAGGGCUGGAAAAUGGAAAAGACAUGGGUAAGAUCCCAGUGAAUGAGAAAACUGCGCAGACAAUUGCUCCAGAGGCAAGCAAGUCAGGUAAAGGACCUCUAAACAUUGCAGGGACUGUACCUAGUUCUGUUGGUGCACCAAAAGUCUCAGAAGUAGUUCCUGCCCAGUCCAAAACCAUUGAAGAAUGGGUUCAAACCCCAUCGUGGUCAACCAGAGGACCUCAAGAGGAAAGAUGUCACCUGGAAGCAGCCGAAGAGUCCCCAGCCUCUCCGUCUCCAACUACCCGAUCGCCUUGCGCAAGCAGGUCCAGCUUCGUGACGCAGCUCACCAGUGUGGCUAAAACUGUACUCGGGCCAAUGAAGUUGGGCUCUCAGGAUGGCGGCAAGGCCAAGGACAGCACCAAAGUCAACGAAGACAAACGAGCCGCCACGUUGGGAAAGUCUGAGGCCUCAUCUGGGAGUCGCCGUGGAUUAACUGGAACGUGGCCCGGCCCUGGAUUGUCAAAGCCUGAAAAGGCAUCAAAAAGCUCUUCCAAGCAAUCGUAAUAUUCUUAAUGGGAAAAUUCAGUUUGGAACUUUAAAUAGGAUGCGUUCCCAGUAUUUGUCCAAAUGUAGACUGUUCAAAAGACUCUAAAGCCAUCAAACCAAGAUAUAACACACAAAAAAUAAAGUAAAGGUGCUUCAGAA